UAAUAAUGGGUGCGUUGAAAUACUGGGGAAGCUCCCUUGGUGUAACAAUAAUUGUUUUUGGAUUCACAGACCCAUCAUAAAAUCUUUGCGGCGAAGAAAAGCAAUUGUCUAGUAUGUCCCUGUUAAUAAUGAAGACCAACUGAUGCCUUUCACAAUAUGCUAUUUAUUCUCAAUGAUUGCAGGUGGGCUGGUUGUUCACUAUGAAUCGAAUGAUUGGCCCAGGAAGCUCAAGCUCACAGAGGAGGCGUCUGGUUUUGGGAAUUAUCAUCUUGCUCCUUGUUGAUGUGAUAUGGGUAGCGUCCUCAGAACUGACUUCGUACAUAUUUCAGAAAUACAACAAACCAUUCUUUAGCACCUUUGCAAAAACCUCCAUGUUUGUUCUGUACCUGUUGGGGUUUAUCGUGUGGCGGCCAUGGAGACAGCAGUGUGCCAAGCGCAUGCACAGGAAGCACGCACUGUUUUUUUCAGAUGCGGAGCAGUAUUUCAGUUCAUGUUCUGCUGACCAUCCAAAGAGCCAUGCGCUGAGUGAACCUCUCUACGUUCCAGUGAAGUUUCAUGAUUUGCCGAAUGAGAGAGUCUUAAAUUCAAACAGUUUAGCUGAAAAAAAUUCCAAAAAAACACGUGUUCGAUUCAGCAAUCUCAUGGAGGUUCGCCAGCUCCCUUCUAGUCAGGCUGUAGAAGCAAAGCUGUCGCGCAUGUCUCAUAUAACUGUCCGAGACGGCGAGUCGGUACUGAGGUCCAUUGGGAAGCUCUCUGUCUGCCAGGUGGCCAAGAUCAGCUUUUUCUUCUGCUUUGUGUGGUUCUUAGCAAACUACUCUUAUCAAGAGGCUCUUUCUGAAACACAAGUUGCCAUAGUAAACGUCAUUUCCUCCACAUCUGGUUUGUUCACCUUGAUUUUGGCGUCUGUGUUUCCCAGUAACAGUGGCGAUCGUUUCACUCUUUCCAAGUUGCUGGCUGUGGUUCUGAGCAUUGGCGGUGUUGUGCUAGUCACUUUGUCUGGAUCUGAGAAAUCCCUAGAUAAAGACACCAUAGGCUCUCUGUGGUCCCUGGCUGGUGCAAUGCUUUACGCGGUGUAUAUUGUCAUGAUAAAGCGUAAAGUGGAUCGAGAAGAUAAGCUAGAUAUCCCAAUGUUUUUUGGGUUUGUCGGACUGUUUAACCUCCUGCUUCUAUGGCCGGGAUUUUUCUUGCUUCAUUACACUGGCUUCGAGGCGUUUGAGUUCCCCAGUAAGCUGGUCUGGGCUUAUCUCGUGGUUAAUGGUUUGAUUGGCACGGUCCUGUCUGAGUUCCUGUGGUUAUGGGGAUGCUUCCUGACGUCCUCCCUAAUUGGCACAUUGGCUUUGAGUCUCACAAUCCCCCUGUCCAUCAUUGCAGAUAUCUGCAUGCAAAAGGUUCGCUUCUCCUGGGUGUUUUUUGUGGGGGCUGUUCCUGUUUUUAUAUCAUUCUUUAUUGUGACUCUACUUUGCCAUUACAAUAACUGGGACCCAGUCAUGGUGGGAAUACGGAGGGUUUUUGGCUUUAUUUGCCGAAAGCAUCGCAUUGCACGGGUCCCGGAGGACUCUGAGCAGAGCGAGAGCCUUAUUCCCCUUCACAGCGUCUCUCAGGAGGAUGGAGAAAGCUCCUAGCAUUUGUACAUGCACAAUGUGUGCAUAUAUAUUUAGGAUUUUACCUUGCGAAGUGACAAUCUACUUCCAAACCUUCAACCCAAGGUUUGACGUACUGACUCCUCAUGCUGCAUAUCUGUUGAGGUCUCAUUACAUCGUGCACACCUGCCUUAAUGAGCCCAAGGACUGGACCCCACUGUCUUCACCGCAGUUUAUUUUGUUAGCUUUGGGACAAUGGAUAUAGGCGUAGUAUAACUGAUGGAUGUAAAUAAUUGUAUUUAAAAUGAUUUGUUAAUCCCUCAUUGGGGAAUUUGGUACCCUGCUCUCUGUGUGGGUUAAGCAGACUUUAUGUACACAAUCAUGGUUGUGUGUGGAUUAAACAGUCUGCAUGUACAUGUGUGGCUGAACCACUCCUGUAUGUACUCUGUAAUGGCCGUGUGGUUGUAACAGUCAGUAUGUACAUAGUAGUGGCUGUGUGUGGGUGUAAAAGUCAAUAUGUACUUAGUAGAGGCUCUGUGUGGUUGUAACAGUCAGUAUGUAUUCAGUUGUAGCUGUGUGUGGGUGUAACAGUCAGUAUGUAUUCAGUAGUAGCUGUGUGUGGGUGAACCACUCUUUAUGUACUAAGUAGUGGCCUGUGUGGGUGUAACAGUCAGUAUGUACUCAGUAGUGUGUGGGUUUAACAGAAGGCAUGUGUGUAGGCUGUGUGUGGUUGUAACAGUCGGUAUGUAGUCAGUAGUGGCUGUGUGUGGGUGUAACAGUCAGUAUGUACUUAGCAGAGACUGUGUGUGGGUGUAACAGUUGGUAUGUAGUCAGUAGUGGCUGUGUGUGGGUGUAACAGUCAAUAUGUACUCAGUAGUGUGUGGAUUUAACAGAUGGCAUGUGUGUAGGCUGUGUGUGGUUGUAAUAGACGGUAUGUAGUCAGUAGUGGCUGUGUGUGGGUGCAACAGUCGGUAUGUAAUUAGCAGGGGCUGUGUGUGGGUGUAACAGUCAGUAAGUACUUAGCAGUGGCUGUGUGUGGGCGUAACAGACCAUAUGUACUUAGUAGAGGCUGUGUGUGGGUGUAACAGUCAGUAUGUUAUUCAGUAGUAGCUGUGUGUGGGUGAACCACUCUUUAUGUACUAAGUAUGUCUGUGUGUGGGUGUAACUGUAUGUACUCAGUAGUGGCUGUGUGUGGGUGUAACAGUCGGUAUGUAGUCAGUCGUUGCUGUGUGUGGGUGUACUAGACGGCAUGUAGUCAGUACUGGCUGAGUGUGAAUGUAACAGUCGGCAUGUAGACAGUAGUGGCUGUGUGUGGGUGCAACAGUUGGCAUGUCAAUAGUGGCUGAGUGUGAGUGUAAUAGUCGGCAUGUAGUCAGUAGUGGCUGAGUGUGGAUGUAACAGUCGGCAUGUAGUCAGUAGUGGCUCUGUGUGGGUGUAACAGUCGGUAUGUACUCAGCAGUGGCUGUGUGUGGGUGUAACUGGAUGUACUCCGUAGUGACUGUGUCAGUGGGUGUAACAGUUGGUAUGUACUCAGCAGUGGCUGUUUGUGGGUGUAACCAUAUGUACUUAGUAGUGGCUGUGUGUGGGUGUAACUGGAUGUACUCGGUAGUGGCUGUCAGUGGGUGUAACAGUUGGUAUGUACUCAGCAGUGGCUGUUUGUGGGUGUAACCAUAUGUACUUAGUAGUGGCUGUGUGUGGGUGUAACUGGAUGUACUCGGUAGUGGCUGUUUGUGGUGUGCACUAUUUAGAAUGUAUGCAGAACUAUCCUUCCUUCUAGAAGUAUUCCUCCCAUCCCAUGAAGGUGGUUCUGGGAGAAGGGCGACAAUGGAGGGUAUGUUUGUAUUCUGUCUGAAUGUUUCAUAUGAUUUUUCUCUGCUUUGGGUUGUAUUUGUGUGUUCUGUACUUGUGGGUUUGGAGGGCACUCUGAAUUAAUUUCAAUUCUAAUUAAUGCAGAUCUUCCCUGUAUACUGUUUUCUGAAAUGUUACUGUUUUGCCUUUGACUUUCACAUCUAUACGUUGUGCACAUACAUUACCCUGGAUUCACCACUUGUUUAUCUUGGUGCAAAUGUGUGUGUCUUCACAAAGCCCUUGUCUGUGUUUAAUCAUGUCUGCCUCAAUUGGCUAGCCUGCACACUUUGUGUUAAAGUCUGGGGUUUAUUCAUUAAGCAACUACUGAAAUGCAAAAGUUACGCCAAAAUGUAUAGCAAACUUAAAGGUUUUUAUCCCCCCAAACAGCUGUUUUUACCUAAAUGUUGAAAUGUAGUUUUAAGUUCCCUGAUUAGUGAUCUCUAUGGGAUCUAUUCACCACUGAAUUCUAACAAAUCCUGAAUCAAAAAAACACCGAGGCUAAAAUAGCCGAACCUGGGUCAAAUCGGAAAAUGUUUCCAGAUUUGUUGUUUUUGCUCCAAUUUUGAGGAUUUCAACUUUAGACAGUUUGGAAUUUGGUGAAUAAACCCCUGUGUGUUUUCUAUUAUGGCAGACUUCAUUUUUAAGUAGCCUUGAACAUUGUAACAAGCCAGGUUUUUUAGGGUACCUGUUGUGACGGACAAUUAAUGUUUAGUACCAAGAAAGGGAUUGGCUGACAAUGGCUGAACGGCAGAGCGAUUGUAUGGUUCUUUGCCCUCGAAUAACCCUCUCGUUUUGGAGGCAGCAGCCAGUGCUACUUUGUUCCAAUUUGCACUAAAUAAUCUUUAUGUUGACAUAUUUCAAUCACCAUAAAGCAAUCCAGGAAAGCAGAAUGUGUUUUCUUUUGUCAGAGCAGAGCGCUGUGUGACUUGCUAAUAAGGUAACACUUUUUUUUAAUACUGCAAGGUGUAAGAUAAUAAUGGCAAUUUGCCCAGUAUCGCAGCUUUAUGUGCGUUCCCAGUACCUUAUCAUCUGUGAGGAUUUCAGCGUUGCUGGGAGAUCACAAGGUGCCUCAGUGUCUUUUAAUAAUGUCCUAUUGGCUUGGGGUCAAGCCUUCUUUGCAGCGUUGUGAGCAGUCGUGUGACUCAAUUAUUUGCAUCCAUCACAUUUCUCUCAGCACAUUUUAACCUCUGUGAUUUUAAUUUUAUUUUAUAAAACACUACAACGAGGCUCCCAUAAUUCUCUUUAAUCUCAGGUCAAUUUCAAUAAGAUUUUGUGGACAUUCAAACUUUGUUUUUUAAAAAGUCUGCUCUGUUUGAAAUAAAUAUAUUCUCACAUUUGUUUCCACAAA